AUGCUCACCCUGCUUCUGCUGCUCACAGGGGGAGCGGGUGUUGAGAUUAAAGUUAUUGACAGGAGGGAGGCAGAGGAGAUGAUGAGGUCGCGCUCGCUCCUCUUUGGCUCGACAGGUCACGCCGAGCCAGAGAAGCCCGCCGACCCCCCACCGACGUGUCCUCAAGGCACCGUGCCCUUUGUGGGUGACGGUAAGGCCUCCAUAUUCGACCAGCUCUCGAUCACGGAGAUCCACACGGUUGCCGAUUACCUAGAGGUCGCAGGUCUUGUCGACCACAGGUUUGCCUCCGGGCUCGCUGACCUCGUCUAUGAGGACCUCCGGGCUCACGGCGGUCGCGUCAUCAUGGACUCGAACGUGGGGAUCGAGUAUCAGCUCUUAGCCCCGGCCAAGGCUGAGGCGGCGGCGUUCCUCUCCGGCGAGUCAGGUAUCCCGCCGGCUCGGUUCGCAAAGGUUACGGUCUUUCGAGGUGCUGCUUCGCCUCGCGACGUGAUGCAGUACAAGGUUGGGCCCCUGGGGGGGGCAACGUCAAUGGCGGCGACAGAGAUGCUGGCCGCUGGCUCGUGGAAGUGGGCACGCCGGCCCGAGAAUAACGCCAUGGAGAAGGCAUUCUGGCAGAUGCCUGUCGGCGUGACGAUGAACACGCUGUCGCGGCUCAUAGCAGCCUCCUCCUCUUCGGGCGAGUUUGCGGGCGUGGACGGCAACCCUUAUGUGUAUUUGAGCUGGUGGGCCUAUCCCGACCUGGGGUCGACUGAUGAGGACCGCAUCAUAAACGUCCACAUGAUGUCGAUCCCGCCGCAAGCGGAAGGCGACUCACAGGGAGGCACCUUGCUCGCGCUGCCCCUCUCCUUUAGCGUGCACGAGGACCCGGACAGGCCGGCCGCAGAGUGGCGGGUCGACAAGGUCGAGUACUGCUACCGCCUAUACGCGAGCGCCGCGGAGCUGGCAUCGCAGUUCUCAGCCGGCGCCACCCCACGCCUAUCAACCAUCGGCGAGGUUGAGGUGUGCUCGGCACGCAUCAGCGAGUACAGCUGGACGCAGAUGAAGCCUGACGAGACGCAGCGCGCGGCAGCGGGCACGGCCCUCAGCAUGCCCUCCGUCUAUGAGCCACAGGGCUCGCGAUUUGCCACCAGCGGCGGCAACAUCGAGUGGAUGGGCUGGGAGCUGCACGUGAGCGCAGACGACUGGCAUGGACUCACGGCUCACGCGGUCAGGUUCCGCGGAGAGACGGUUGCAUACGAAAUAUCGACGAUGGAGGUAUUUGCCUCCUACUCGGGCGUCGGGUCUACGCACCAGGUCUUCUAUCACGACUCGCAGUGGCGCGCGCUGCGCAUCGGCGGCGAAGCGUCGCCGCUCGCUGCUGGGCUCGACUGCCCACACACCGCCUCUUUCCUCAGCAUCACCAGUCAAGCCUCAGACGCCGGCCCCGAGAGGAUAGAGCGCGCAAUCUGCAUCUUCGAGGCCCCAACAGGCGGAUCGCUCUACCGCCAUUACAGCCGCUUCGGCUCGCUCUCUGGCCCAGCCGAGACGUCGAUGGGGCGCGCAAAGUCGCAGCUGGUGAUACGCUCCAUCACCACGCCCGGCAACUACGACUACAUCAACAACUUUGUGCUGGAUGAGGACGGGACCAUAUCCGUCCAGAUGGACUUUGGCGGCUACAUGCUCGCCUCCUAUGCCAGGGACGCGGCGAGCAACAACGAGGAGUACCCGAUGUUUGGCGUGCCAGUCGGCCCGCACACCAACGGCGUCUUGCACGACCACGUCGUGGGCUACAAGGUGGACCUCGACAUUGCGGGCACCUCCAACUCCUUCCAGACAACUUCAAUCAAGUACGGCACGUAUGAGGAGGCGACAGGCAAGACAAAGCCAGCCUACAUUUCGUACAACGGAAUCAAGUAUGCGGAGAAUAUCAUCCAUCCGACCGAGCUCGGCGUGCACGCCAAGGACUACGAUGGCUACGCCGUGAUCAACGAGGAGGCGCUCAAUGCAUGGGGCGUCCCGCGCGGGUACGAGAUUGUGCCUCUCUCGACCACGGCGCGACAGGUCCUCCCAGACGACCACCCACUCAUGGCGGCCGGUGGCUGGAUGAAACACAACAUCAUGGUCACGGUUCGCAAGGAUGAGGAAGAGCUUGCCACCGUGCCCUCCAAUUUCAACAUUGGCGUGCCAACGCCCGAGCGAUACAACAUGGACGCCUUUCUCAAUAGUGAGCCCAUCGUCAAGCAGGACUUGGUGACGUGGAUCACCGUCGGCAGGCAGCACUACCCAAAGGCUGAGGACGUCCCCGUCGUGUCCAACUUUGGCGUCGGCUUCUCGCUCAAGCCGCGCAACUUUUACGCAGCUGCCGCCUUCAAGGACCUGCCAGCGGCGCAGGAGACUGAAUACGGCGCGCGUGUCGAAGCGUGCGCGCCACCGAAGCAGGCCCCGCGUUGA